AUGCGUUCCGUCGGCGGGGCCGAGCGGCCUCUGCAGCGCCUGUGGGCGGUGUGCGAGGGCACGGCGCGGCACCUCUGCGCGCUGACGGCGCCCGCGGAGGCCGGGGCUGUUGGGCACGGGAAUGCGCGCCCUGCCGCGGCGAGCGGCGCCGGAGCGGACGUGAUCCGGCAGCGGGGACGCGCCUUCCACCAGCUGGCGUCGAGCGUCACCGGAAUCUCGUUCGGCGGGCAGUACGCGGACUUCGCAGACCCCAGCGGAGCUCGCACGCGGCAAGAAGCCGAGGCGAAGGACGCCAACUUCGACUCCGAGGACGUCCUGCGGAACGAGAAGAUCCUCGAGACGUCCACGCCCGCCGCGUUCGUCGACCUGUACGCCAAGCACGGCCAGUACUUCACCCAGGUCAACCGGGCGACGGCGAUCAUGCGGGGGGCGAUCACGUCCGUGCGGCUCGCGAUGAUGCACAGGGACCAAGGCAUGAUGCACGAGGUCAUGCAGACCGUCUCCAACAUUGCGAACGACGCGAUGGACUGCUGGGAGCGGCCUGAGUGGAUAUGGGUAGAGGACGAUCUCCAGGCGGUGUCGAAUUCGUUCUACGGCCUCGGAAUCCUCCGGGAGAACCUCGUGUCGAACAACGGCGACGUGCAGGACAUCCGGCAGCUCGAACGCGUCGCCCGGCGCAUGAUGCGCAUGAUCGGGAACCUCGACGACGACGUCAUCAACCUCGCAAACGCACAGGACUGCAGUAUGAUCGUGUGGAGCACCGUCAAGUGCUUCGACGCCGGGCGGUGCGUCGGCGAAGGCUCGGACAUCCUGCGGAUCUUCUCGCGCAUGGCGCACCCCGAGAACCUCGCGCAGGCCGUCCCGCAGACCCUCUCGAACGCUCUGUGGGCCCUGGCGUGCCACAACUUGCACCCGCGGCACCGGGAGCUGGUCGCGGUGCUCGACCAGUGCCUCAUGCCCGACACCCUCGCCGACGCCGGCGGCAUCAACCUCGGCAACGUCCUGUGGGGGUGCGCCAAGCUGCGCUUCAAGCUCGACGCACACGCCAUCAACACGCUGCUGCACGAAAUGACGCAGCCGAAGAAGAUCACGGAGCUGACCGCGAACGAGGCGAGCAAGGCCAUCCGGUCCGUCGCGAAGCUCAUGGCCAACCCUGCGGACCUCGAUCAGGAGGCGUUCGGCGCCCUCCUGCGGUGCUUUCUGAGUCACGUCAGCGGGGCGCGGCCGAUCGCGGCCGCCACCGUCCUGCACGCGCUCGCGGACCUCCGCAUCCACCCCGGGAACGACGUCCUCGAGGAGCUGUCCGCGCUGCUCGUGCGCGGCCUCGACGACCUGCCGCCUCAGGCGGUGGCCAACGCCAUCUACAGCUGGGCCGUGCUGAAGUACCGGCCCCCGCGCGAGUGGCUCGACCUCGCGAUGUCGGACGUCUCGCGGAUGCUCAUCCUGCAGAACUUGAAGCGCAACGACCGGUCCCGGGACAGGGCGUUCGCGGAGACGACGCGCUUCAAGCCGAUGGUCAAGAAGGUGGGCACCACGCGGCAGAACGGCUACCAACUCAAUGUUUGGAACAUCGUCAACCUCGUGUUCGCCGCCACGGUGCACAAGUACCCGAACCGGCCGUGGUGGGACGCCAUGUGGGACCUCUGCUCCCAGCAGAACUUCACGUCGUACCGCGACACAGGCCUCCGCCCGCUCCACCGCCUGCACAUGCCGAUCAUGCACGUGCCGCGUGCGCUCCGCCGCAACCUCUCCGAGCGACUGAACCGCGACGUCGUCGCGGACGCAAUCGUCUUCGCGUGCAAGCGGCGCGACCAGCUCAACCCGCACCUCAAGGGCGCGCAAGCAGCGAUGUGGGAGGCCCUCAGUGCUCACAAGGGACGCGUUGUGGCGUUCCGCGGCCUGAACGACCUCAAACCGACGCCCACCGCGCCGCUGAUGGGGUACCCGGUCGACCUCGCGAUCCUGGGCGCGAAGGACACGCCGCACGCGAACGAGCGUCUCGUUGCUCUGAUGGUGCCUUCGGAGACGGAGCGGUUCAGCAACGCCCCGGGGGAGCUCACGGGCGAGGGCCUGCUGCGGAAGACGUGUCUCGAGAGCCGCGGGUGGCGCGUGGUCGUCGGGCCGAGCCUCGCGGACGUCGUGGCGGGCAAAGUGACCGUUCAACGCGCGCUACGAGCGCCGUGGAUGGCCGAGGUGCAGCAGCACGUGGCAGAGUGCCUCGCGGAGCUCGACGCGAGCCCGGGGGGGCCGAGGGCCGUCGUCGACCACGUGGCGCCGAUGAAGGGGCUCGGCCUCGUGACGAGGCGCGGGGGGAAGAAGGUGACCAGGCGGAAGCACCAGCGCAGGGCCCUGGAGGCCGCGGCGCAGGAGGCGAUUGUGGCGUGA